AUGUUGUUGAUUGUGAGACUAGACCUGAAUGUCGGUACAGCAGUGUCUCCUCACUCGCUCCCACUCUUCCACAUAAACUCCCUCCAGCCUUAUCUUCACAUUACAAGUUUUAAUAGCUUGAACGAUUUGUGCACUCACUUUGACGUUAAUUCAUUAAAGUCUAAAAUUUGUAAGCAAGCUCAGAAGAAAAAUUCACAUAAAAAAUCGCAAUCAAAAUUACGUAAUAGGCCGAAAUCAUCCGACAUUAUUAAAGUAACUUUUCCAGCGAAAAAGUAUCUCAGAGGAAGCAAAAGCAGGAGUGGUGACGGUGAUGGUCGUAGAAGCACCAACCAAAGUGGUAAUAUCAUCAGAAGGUCCGAGUGGAAACUUGGAAAAGAAGAAAAAAACGGAACGCCCCGGAUACUGAGAGUGAUAAGACGACACAGUUGUAAAGGCGAUUAUAAAGAUAAAUUUAAAGAUCGAGACAAAUCUCCAUCAGUGUGUCUGGAAGAAGAUAAAAGCAAGAGUAGUGUCGUUCUGCUACAUCACGAUAAAGACCAACACCAGGAGCAGGAACAAGAACAAGAACUCUCUCUCUUCAAUUUAUCCUUAAAGUACGAACCACUGAACGUGAAUAUAAUCCAGCAGACCCCGGAAUGCCGGUCAUGUAAAUCAAACCCAAAUGACCCGGCGUCGAAUCAAAUGGCCCUGCAUCAUCAGCCAAUCAACCAGAAGCCCAGUCGAAAAUUAGACGACACCAAGCGGGUGUUCCCAUUCAGGCCAACCCCCAGCGGGAAUCUCAAAGUCAUUCCCAAUCAAGUGGUGUUCGAAACUAACAGGGUGAGCGUGCUGGUCGCCGAUCCAAAAUACACUAAAGUAAACGUGAAAGCAGAGCUGACCAAAUCUGACCCUUCCUUUCAUCAAGAUCUGCAAUCCCAAUCAAUCAAGCAAUCUCAAGAAUUUGAAGCUGGAAAUUUCUUGCAGCAGGCGAAAUCAUCUCAGGCCAGUUCUGAGUACAUUCCACGCACCCAGCCGUACCGAGUAAAGCAUCGGUGUCCUGAAAUGGACCCCAACAAUCGAAAUGGAGCUCAGCAUCAGUCGAGAAUUAAUCACGAAAAUCUCAAUCAAGUUCCUCUCGCGUCCUACAAGAACGCAGAUUGCGCAAUCAAGAUCGGGAAUGACGAAUUUCACUGCCACUUGCUGGUUCUGCAGAGCUACAGCAGAUUUUUCGAUGAGAAAAACUCCAAGGAUAUUGAUCUUACUGAAGUGGGAUCUGUGAAUAGAAAAGAUUGCUCCACAAAGACGAGGAUGUGGUUUUCUUUGUCCUUGAUAAGGUCUUUUGUUAUUUUGUUCGAGACGGAUAAAAAGGAGUGUAGUGAUGCUGAUGAUAGACGAGAGAUGAAAUGUGAUACACAUUUCCGGACAAAGUCAAUAGAAAAACUGUUGGGUCAAACGAUCAAGCUUGGAGAACAAUAUCCAUCUAGUCAGCAUGGAUAUUUUUUGACCCUCCGUCACGUGAAGCUAAUCGACCUUCGGGUAGACAGCGUAAUAUGGACUACACUAUACUCUUCUCUUCUUUUUAUCUUUUUACCACUUGACCCUUAUCUUCGUAGCAGUGUUACUUCAAAGGCAUUUUCAAUUAUAUAUGACUGGAUGAUCAGUGAGAGUAAUGAGAGCUGUCAACUGCUGAGGCGUGAUAAUAUUUUAGAAAUAUUUAUGGCUGCGCAGUUUCUCGGGAUUAAAGAAUUAGAGGAGCAGUGUUGGGCGUUUAUCGAUAACAAUGAUUUAUUUUCGGAAGAUACUGCGUUUUUAUUGUACGUAGAAGCUCGGAAGCUCGGAAAUACACCAGUAAUGGAAUUGAUGGUGCCGAGGAUAAUGAACGAAAUGGAGGUUUUGAUGUCGGCAGUCAGAUGGUUAAUGCACGACUGGGAAACCAGACGUCAGUACAUGCUGAGUGUGCUAAAAUGUGUGCGAUUUGGUUUGAUUGCUCCUUGGCAAUUAGUUGAGGUGAAACGCAACCCCGAGAACCCAGAAUUCAUGGAGCUGAUGUCCAAUCCUGAGGUCCAGAAGAUGGUCGACGAUGGAUUGGCAUUCGUGAUAAUAAAACACUGGUAUGGGAACCAGACGGAGGAUUACUACCGGUGGAUCGAUCUUCUGGGCUUAACAGAACCAACAAGCCGCAACUGGGCCGGCGAGGACAAGAAUUAUGUUACUUACCAGGAAUUUCUCCUCUACCUCGAAGAUUAUCAGAGAAGCAUGAUGCUGGAAUUAAAGUCGCGCAAGGGCAAGAGUAAUAGUAAUACUUCGACUAAUACUAAUCAGAAGAGCGAAUGUUCCGAGGCAAAAACUUGGGUCAAUUAUUAUCAGAGCCAGAAUCUCGGGGUAGAAACCACUAAUGGUCAAGUGGCUCCUGCGCCAAACAACGGGACAAGAUCUUGGAAGUUUAAAAAGAUGCCACCACCACCAAUCUCGGAACGUAUUGGUUCGGAAGCUCCAGAAUUUCUCAACAAGUACUUGAGCAGGCUUGAUGGCAAUCGUACUAAAGUGGAUGCCCAGCCGAAGGAUAACGAACAAGAAAAAAAAAUUCGUGAAAUCGGCAAUGCAGCAGUAAACUUGGACAUUCGGCGCAAUGAUGAGCUCAAGAUGUCUCAAGUGAAUUACCAAAACCAGCAAAUUCAGAUUCAACAGUGUUUGACAAGCUUGUGCGAGCCGAAUAGUUUGCCGCCUAAAAAACUGUCCUAUCCGACCAACUACUGUUUGGCGUCUGGUGAUAAUCAAAUUCGGGGGAAACCCGGCUCCAUUGGCCAAAAUGAACGCAUUAAAGUAGCCCAACUUUUGUCUGCUGACCAAAAAAAUACUUUUGGCCAGUCCUCUAAUGACUCUGACGAUAAAAAUUUGGACAUGAUGGAGACACUUCAAUCUACGUCUGAUGGAGAGAAAAUAGCCAAGUCAUACUGCGUGUCAAUAGCAAACAAUGCAAUAAAUCAGAUUGAUGCAUGUAAGCCAAUCGAAAUGAUAAAACCGCCGAAUUUUUUGUACAACUCGGACGAUAAAACUGGCUCAAUAUCCGUGUCAUACAGUUCAACGGACAUCGAUGAUUCAUAUUCACCCAACAAUCAUAAAAAUUUAACUAUUAACAAUAACAACAACAACAACAAUAUUACCAAAGAAACAAAAGUAACAAUGAAUAAAAAAUUAAUUUGUCCCAACGAAUCAUUGUUUUUAAACGAACAACCAACUGUCAUAGUUUUCGGUGGAAUAGAUCCACACCAGGAGUACGGAGUAGCUGGCAAUACGGGUAAAAAUAUUUACCGAUUAAAACCAUUGGAAAAUAUUUGGGAGUUUGUUGGCGAGAUGCCAGAACCACGGCAUCAUCAUUCCGUUGUUUAUUUCAAAGGACGUCUUUAUGUUGCUGGCGGUGCUGAUCCACGUGAAAAUUCACUUCAAAGGAAAAAUUCAGUUGUCGGGACUGUUUGGAGUUAUGAUCCCGCCUCCAGGAAAUGGUUCACUGAACCGGCAAUGCUAACUCCGAGGAAAAAUUUUGGGCUUGUUGUCUGCGACGGUAAAAUUUUUGCUGUCGGCGGUGAAGAUAAUAAUGGAGUCACUUUGAGAAGUGUAGAGGCUUUUGACCCAGCAAAAAAAAUUUGGAAAAAAAUGCAACCGAUGAACAUUGCACGUGUUGGAUUAGCUGCUACGACGUUCGAGAAUUUAAUUUGGGUCGCUGGAGGGAUAAGUAAUUCAAUCACAGAUCCUCUGUUGAAAGAAGUUGAAUGCUAUGAUCCCUGCAAAAAAUCAUGGACAAAAAUCGAGAGUUUACCAUCAGCAAGAUGUUACGCAUGUCUGUGCGUAAUAUCUGACAAUUUGUUCCUAGUUGGGGGAGCCGGAAAAUCUUCAACUGAUGACAACAUGACGGAAAGUAUCCCGACAGUUGACAUAUGGGAGCCUAGCUCCCGAAAUUGGCAACAAAUUAGCAAAAUGUCCACCGCUAGGCACAACCACUCAAUCAGUUCAAUCGAUAACCAGCUGCUUGUUAUUGGCGGCGUUACCACAGUUCACAUGAAAACAUUGAAGUCCGUCGAGUGUUUUUGCUGCAGACGUAACAAGUGGAUCAAAGGUGUGGCUUCGUUACCUUAUCCCAUUUUGGGUCAUUCUAGUGUUUCUUUGCCACCUUCGGAUUAUUUUUCUAACUCUUGA